UUUGUUGUGAAAAAUUGUUGGAGUUGGGAUGAAAGUUGUUUUUCUUCGUGCAUUAUUCUGCUGGUUUGUGAAAACCACUGCAGAAGAGAGAAAACAAUUACAAAACAACAAGUUCUGUUUCUUGUUUGUUUGUACUUGCAGUCUUGCUGUUGUGGAAGCACAGGCCUGAAAUUCUUCUCUGGUUGUCAGUUUCAGGGGAGGUUCAAAAGCUGUGCCCUGAAGCAAGGAAGUCUGUGUUAUUGAAAAGAAAUUAGAGAGCAAGGUGAAGAAGGAAAAAGGAUGUGGAAAUACUAAUGGAUGGUGAAGGAGAUCUAAGCAGGGAGGCUGGAAAACAUCUCCUCUCCCUUCAGGCCACUUCUUGCUGUGUGUACUCGCAGGAUCAGCAUAGGAAAGGCUCAGGGUCUGCAAGAGAAGGCAGGAAUUGACAUUCAUCACUAUGAAAAACAACAUCCUGUGAGUUCAUUUCAAGCUUUGUGCCUCAUCACUCGCUUCAGAUAAGCUGUGCUCUGAGUUCUCCUGAGGGAAGCUGGUGUCCUUGGGGAAGCAUGGCCUUCCGUGGCUGGAAGUGGCUCCUCCUCUUGGGCAGGCAGAACACCCUUGCCAAGGUGUGGAGAGGAAGGAGGGGAGGCCCCUCUAUGUGCUGGAAGCGCUGCUGCCACUGGAGCGCAGGCAAGUCGCUGGACCCUGAGGUGAGAGCGUUUUUGGAGGAGAACACCGAGGUCACCAACAGCGGGCACCUCACACCAGAGAUCCGCCUGCGCCUCCUCACCCCUCACUGCAGGUUCUGGAGAGAAAAACCUGACCUGUGGCCUUAUGGGGACCCUUUCUGGGCGAUUUACUGGCCAGGAGGCCAAGCCCUCUCCAGGUAUAUUUUAGAUAAUCCACAUGUGGUUAAAGGAAGAUCAGUUCUGGACCUUGGAAGUGGAUGUGGAGCAACAGCAAUAGCUGCUGUGAUGAGCGGUGCAUCCCAAGUCCUUGCCAAUGACAUUGACCCUAUUGCAGGAAUGGCAAUGAUCUUGAACUGUGAACUGAACCACCUGAAUCCCUUCCCCAUCACCAUUAAGAACAUCAUUAAUUCAGAGGCUGGCAACUGGGACCUCAUAGUUCUAGGAGAUAUGUUUUAUGAUGAACAACUUGCUGAUGGUCUGCAUCACUGGCUGCAGAAGUGCAUCAGGAUUCACCAGACUGAAGUGCUGAUUGGUGACCCUGGCAGGCAUCAGUUUUUAAGCCACAGCAUUCGCAGUCAGCUGCACAAAGUUAUAGAAUAUUCACUGCCUGAGUAUACGAGACAAGAAAACAACGGGCUAACAUCAAGUACUGUCUGGAGUUAUCAGCCCUCAAACAGCUUAGAUGAUUCUUGAAGCUGCCUUUCUAUGGGAUUUUGUCUCACUUGAUUGGCUUUUUGCAGGUAUAUACCAUGAAAAUGGGAAUGAAACAAGGAACAUUGUCUGUUAAAGUAAACCAGCUUACUGUACCUUCACUGGACUGAUUUAAAUCAUACUCAUUGAGGCUUUUGCUCAAUUUGAUGUAAAAGUUACGUGCAAACUGUAUUCAAAGGGGCCUGCAUUGUAGUGCAGAUCUACAGACAACUUACAUGUAGAAGUUUGCAUGCUUGAUGUUUCCCAUGUGCAUUUGUGUCUUGCUGACAUUACUGUGAAAUGUUUUGGAUGUCCAGCAUACUGCUGUGGGGAGAGGGCUGUGGCUGAAGGACUACUGCACUGCUUCCACAGGCUUUUGCAGCUUAUUUAUAGAAAAUUUCUAAAUAUAGAAAAUUAUUGCUGUCCUCCAUAAAAUCCUCCACUAGAUUAUUAGCUCAUAAUAUGCUCAACUUGAAGUGCCUUGCUCUUUUUCUGGAUAUCUCUUCUGAAUGUCAAAGUAACUAAUUUGAAUCUCCCCCUUUCACUCUAUAAUAAAAAUUUCCUCUUCCUUGAAA